AUGAAUCCUAUACAGAAAAAUGUGAAAUCCACCAAAAGUCGUCAGGACACGAUUAAUCAGACCCAGUCGCAUUUCCUGGUGCCCUCCGAGAAGCUGGAUAAGGUCACGAGAAGAGUUAUCGCUCCUUAUGCUCAAAUCGAAAGGAAAGGCCUCAAAGAGGAUGAGGAAAAAGCCGACAGAUACCUGGACAUGAACAGGUUCAACGUGUUCCUGGAAGACACGGUUGAUCUGGAGUCACUGCUGUACGAAACUGCCAUGGUCUUGAAGACUGUUACUGAUAGUUCUGGAGUUUUCGUUUACAUAGUAGACAAACUGAAGAAUGAGAUAGUUCUCAUGCACCCGGAUACUGAAAAUCCUGAUCGACAUGAAAUAAAUAUGACGAUACGGGAAGGUAAAACAGCAGCAGCUCACGUAGCUUCCACCAAGGAGUUCCUCCUUCUAGAAGACGUGCAAAGAGACCGGAGGUUCUCUGACGGGCUGCGGUGGAUAGACGCGAAGGUCGCGCUCUGCAUGCCGGUGGUGAAGCCCGAUGGCGAAUGCUAUGCUGUGCUGGAGUUGUACCGGACUUAUUCUAAAGUUUAUGAUGAUAAUGUAGUAUACACAGUGGUAAGCGUGGCCUGCUGGGCAGGCGCCGCCGUGCAUCAGGCACAGGCGAGGGUCACGUUACAGAAGACGGCUCACCUGAACUCUGAACUUAGGGCGUUGCUGCAGAACUACUUCUGCGAUCUCGCUUCUAUUGAUACAAUGCUUACUGAUAUGCUGACGGUGGUAAAGUCAUUCAUCGGAGCGAUGCGCAGUAGUUUCUUCAUAAUCGACAAGGAACACAUCGGAGAGACACUGCAAGCCGACAUGUGGGACGAUGGCUGGUCUGGGGAGAAGAGCACCAUGCCUAAGAAGAAGCUUAAAGUCAAUCUAAGCCAAGAACAGACUCCAGCGGGCUACGUAGCCCGUACCGGCGAAUCGCUGAACGUUCGCGACGCGUACCGUGACCCGCGGUUCACUAAGGAGAUAGACCCUACCACUGGCACUGUUGUGAGGUCCUGUCUCGUGUCGCCUAUUACUGACAAGACUGGAGUUAUUGGAGUAGUCCAACUAACAAACAAGACGAGUGCGACGCCGUUUGACGCGGACGACGAGCUGAUAUUCGCGGUGUUCGUCAGCUACUGCUCGCUCAUCGUGCACUUCUAUAACAUGCAGCAGAAGAAAGUCUUCCAUGAGAACCUCAAUCGCGUAUACUCGGAGCUGCUGAGCUUGCACAUGAAGCCUUGCAAGCACGACCUGGACGAGCUCGUCGAGUCCAGCGGCGUUGUCAUGGCGCCACCCACUUUUAGAACUUUCGACUUCCACAUAAGCGAAGCCAGCAAAGAAGACAUGGCCGGCCUGGUCUGGAUAAUGUUCUCCGAAACCUUCACCAACAGGAACUUCGAUCGCUUAGGCCUAGCAGACUUUAUACUGUCGGUCCUCGGCAGCUAUAGGGACAAUCCUUAUCAUAAUGCCGAACAUGCGUUUUGCUUUACGCAUACUAUGUACAUGAUACUGUUGCUUAAUUCCGGAUACUUUGAUUAUAUUGAGACGAUAGCCCUCAUGCUGUCAGGACUUUGCCACGACUUAGACCACCCGGGGUUUAACAAUAACUAUCUGAUGUUGUGCAAACACCCGCUCGCCAGCAUGUACAAGACUUCCAUGUUGGAACACCACCACUUCUUCCUCGCUAAGAAGAUGAUUGAGGACAAGAACAUCCUGACCCGCCUCCCGCUGACAGACCAGCAACGUAUAAUGGAGGAGAUAAAGUACGACAUUCUGUGCACGGACCUGGCCAUAUACUUCCAGAUCAGAGCUCAACUCACGCCGCUCUUACAUGACAGGGUGUUCGACUGGAAUGAUAACGGACAUAGGAAAAUGCUUAAGGGUAUACUGAUGACGACAAGUGACUUGUCCGGAUGCUGCAAACCUUUUGGGGUGUCGAAAGCGACAGCCGAGGCUGUGUAUCAAGAGUUUUAUGAUCAAGGGGACCGCGAGCGCGCGAUGGGCUACACCCCCCUCAGCAUGAUGGACCGGCGCCGCAGCAUCAACCAGCCGGCUGAACAGAUCCAGUUCCUCUCCGUCGUGGUGCUGCCCUGUCUCCUCAUGCUGCAGAACGUCUUUCCCAACACCAGCCCGCUCACUGACAACUGCAGGAAAACUCAAGAAGCCUGGCAUGAGGAGAUAGAAAUCCGUGGUCAGAAGUUGUGGCGACAGGAAGACGCCAUACCUAACGGCAAGAACAACCGCUUCCUCGGAGACACCAAGCCUGAGAAUGAAGACUGAAGAGUUUCUUACUACAAAGUCUUUUAGUAGUUGA